AUGCCCAACGUGUUGGCGGGCAAGAAACGUGACCGCGACGGCGAUGUCACAAUUGUGGACGAUAGCUCGAAUAAUACACCCAACUCUCCAGCCGGCGCCGGAGCCUCAACGACGAAUUUUCGAAAUGUCUCGGCUUGCAAUCGAUGUCGAAAUCGCAAGAAUCGCUGCGACCAGAAGUUGCCUAAAUGCACCAAUUGCGAGCGGUCCAAUGUGAAGUGCGUCGGUUUUGAUCCGGUCAGCAAACGAGAGAUUCCUCGAAGUUAUGUAUACUAUCUCGAAACCAGGCUGGUCAAUCUUGAAGCUAUCCUGGACUCCCAUGGCAUAGCAUAUCCGCCACCGAACGAAGAUUUUGCCAUUAGCGAUGCCAUCAAACCCGGAGUGAAUGUUCCUUUCCCUGUGCUGGAAGAGGAGCCCGCUGCGCAGGCCGCAGUGAAGCCAGAGCCUACACCAGAUGGCCAAUCUUCCCUGGAUCCCGCACUCAAGGAGCGUGAUGAGGGUGCGAAACUGGAAAGACUGGUCAACGACGUCGGGAUGGUGUCCGUUCAAGGCACGCCAGAUACCCGAUUCCUGGGCUCAACGCCCGGCAUCUCAUUUGCUAGAGUCGUAUUUGCUGCGGUUAAGAGCUCAGUCCACCAGACCUCAACGCCUUCUGAGAAGAGUGGGACCCGAUCUGGCAAGGCGGAAGCAGCAGCCGAUGGAACGACCAUGCGAGACUCCUUCUUCGGAUUACAUUCGAAGCCCACAAUCAAGCAAGCCCCUUUUCCGGAAAAAGACCUUGGAUCCUCGCUGACGGAAUUGUACUUUGAGCAUGCGAAUCCUCAGAUCCCAAUUCUACAUCGCGGCGAAUAUAUGGCACUGUUCGAUCGAGUAUACUCUACGGAUCCGAAGAAGCGUACGUCGAGAGAAUUGUACAUGCUGAAUAUGGUCUUUGCCAUCGGGUCUGGCAUCAUUCUGGACUACCCCAGCGUCGAUAAGACAAUGUCGCCGCCGAAAGCGAGCGCAGCAGAUUCGAGACCACCCGACAAGAAACGACAAAGACUUGCCGGUCAGAAGCACUCGCCAGAAGAGUAUCACUCGGCAGCGAUCAUCCAUCUAGACAGCUUUCUCGGCGCAGCUCCGGCGACGCAGGGUGUUGGAGGUGGCUUAGAAGAGUUGCAAGCAGUGCUACUGCUGGCUGCUUUAGCAUUGCUACGACCGGUCGCGCCAGGUUUAUGGUACAUUAUUGGCGUAGCAGUGCGCCUCGGUAUCGAUCUAGGCCUGCAUGCCGAGGAAUUCGAUCCAGAUCUUGAUACACGAGCUACGCACCCGAGUUCAGGAGAGUCAGUGGUGAAAGGGCUUGGUCGUAAGCAGUGGACACGAGACUUGAGGAGGCGAUUGUGGUGGUGUGUCUUCAACUUUGACAGGCUCGUGUCUUCCUGCGUCGGACGACCAGUAUCCAUCAACGAAGCCAUUAUGACCACGGAAUUUCCCAGCUUAUUGGAUGACAAGUACAUCACACCAUCUGGAUUUCUUCUACCACCUGGUCACAAGGAAGCGCCGAGUUACAAAUUCGUCACCCAUCACUACAUUCGUCUCAGACUCCUGCAGUCCGAGAUCCUGCAAGUGCUCCAGUAUCGUCAGGCCCACCAAGCCCGGAAAAUGGGAGCGAACAAGGGCAACCCAUUCCUCCUGAAGUCGUUAGAAUCCCAAUUCAUGAAGGGUUUCAGCUCGUAUCGCGAAUGGCGAUACGAUAUCGACAGCAGACUACGAGAGUGGAAAGAUUCCGCUCCGAAGCAGUACGAUACUGGCGUGUCGUUCAAUCCACUAUUCUUAGAGUUGAACUACUGGCAAGCAAUCAUCAUGCUGUACAGGCAUUCGCUUUCGGUGCCGGAGCGACUAGCCAGCGAACUCAGCCCGGCCACUGGAGAGGAUGUCCAUAGUCCUGGUACCUUUGAUCUCGAAGAGGACGAGGAUCAGCAGAUGGUGUUCCUCAAAGUUGCUCAAGCCGGUCAAACAGUUCUCAAAAUCUAUCGGCAGCUGCACCGACUGAAGCUUGUGAACUACACCUUUCUUGCUACGCAUCAUCUGUUUAUGAGCGGCAUAUCAUUCCUAUACGCCAUUUGGCACUCGUCACUUGUUCGAUCACAGCUCACGAUAGACGAUGUGGAUUUCACGAUCCUGGCGGCAACAUCGGUAUUGACCGAUCUCAUUGUCAUGUGUCCUCCAGCAGAGUCUUGCCGCGAUGCCUUUGUCCGAAUGAGUAAGGCCACCAUCACGAUGGUCAUGAGCACCACGGGUUUUGGAGCUACAUCUACAUUGGCUACCCGACACCUACACACCUCCGACGGUUAUUUUGGCACCCCAGAUCGGGGCUCUGGCGAUAAUACCAUUGUACCACCACAUCAAACACACAGGCAGGUGCCACGAUUCGAUAUGAACCUAAAAGACUUGUUCUCGGAGGAAGAGAUCGCGAGCCGGCCGUUUACGCAUCAGCCACAGCUGCAGGUAAGCAGAUCCAAACCAAUUGUAUACAGCAUGUGCAUGCAUGUCAUUGGCAUGCAAUCUUGA